CCACAGGGACAGGACGAGCCGAGAAAGUCAGAGAAUACAUAUAUUUGUGCGCUUUUACGCGUGUUAAGAAUUAAUGAUACGGUGGUAAAAGUUUCGCUUUUACGCGUGUGUGGAAGUUGUGGUCUGAGCCAUGACCCUCUCCAAGGAGUAUGAAACGUCCCAGCAGACUGGCUUGCCACUGAACGAGGAUGAAGUAUACAUAGCGGGAGAGGACGAGCCUCUCCUUGACCGGCAUCUUCUCUACCGGACGGACAACACCAGAGAGCCUCGCUCAUCCGCCGAGUCCAGCGUCGAUCUGGACUGCUCUGAGUUCGACUCAUCUGGGGAGAGCGAGAAUAGUUUCUGUGCAGACACAACUUCAUUGGGAAGACCUCGCGGUUCUGUAAAGCCCCCGUAUUCCUACAUCGCUCUCAUCACCAUGGCAAUCUUACAGUGUCCUCUGAAGAAACUGACGCUGAGUGGCAUCUGCGACUUCAUCAGCAACAAGUUCCCCUACUACCGGGAGAAGUUUCCGGCGUGGCAGAACUCCAUCAGGCACAACCUGUCACUCAACGACUGCUUUAUCAAGAUUCCGAGAGAGCCUGGAAACGCAGGCAAAGGCAACUACUGGUCUCUGGACCCCGCAUCUGAGGACAUGUUUGACAACGGCAGCUUUCUCCGGCGCAGGAAGAGGUUUAAGAGAAACCAGCCGGAGUAUAUGAAAGAUGGACUCAUGUUUUACCCAAACUUUAGCUGUUACCGGCCUUACUGCGUCCAAAGCCAAGUGAGCGUACCCGCUACCCCUCUGUGGUGUAUGCCCGUUCAGGACGGGCUAGUGAUGCUACCUACCUCCUACCUACCAUACCCAAGUCUAAGCAGCAGCUGUAAAGUAGUUGCCCCCAUGGACUCCAGAACGCAACUUUACGCAGCAACUCCCGCAGUACAGAAGGCUGCGAGCGACACACAUACGAAGUGUUCAUUCAGUAUUGACAGCAUUAUGACUAGAACCUUUCCUUAUGUAUCACAUAACUCAAAUCCACAGAACUCCAACCCCCAUUGUUCUGUUGAUCUUCCCACGGGCCCUGCUCGUUUGGUUCCCGAGCCUGAUUCCAGCUCCAAUGACUCCAUUCUGCCCAAGUGCAAUGUUGAGCUCUGUUCCUUCAAUAACAGAGAGUGUCCAAAUGCCUUACCUUAGUUGUUGGAGUGUUUGUUUGUUAUAGCUUUUACCAAAGAAACCUCUGUGUUUGUAUACAAGUGAUAAAAUGAUCCAAUGUAGGCACGUUUACGCAUUUCUCAAAGAAAGUAUUUAAACUGCAUGUUGUUUAUGUUCAUUCAAUGUUGAAUACAGUAUGUCAAAUGAAGUUAAUGUAAAUAUGAAGACUGAUAAUAUAUUUGUUAAAAUAUGGUGUCAAUGUGAAAGUGGAACCACUUUUGCCAAAUGUAAAAAAUUCCUUGUAUUUUGAUUUUCGACAUUGAAAUGAAACAAUAAAACUAGU